AGACGUCGAGGCGCGGCGCGUGAUUGGUUCCGCGAACGCGUGAACGCGAACCGCUCCCCGACCCCAGGCCAGUUCGUGCUGGUCCCCGACUCCCCCGCCCACCAGCGCCAGAUAGAUCCGACGACGAGGACAACGUAAAUCAGCCCAGCCGCCCGCCCGCCCGCCAUGCAGCAGGUUGCGCGCUCGUUCCCGUCCGCCGGCUCGCCCUCGCACUCGGGCCUCAUGGCUGCGCCCGGCUUCAACCGCUCCUUCAGCGACGUCAGCGCCUACGCCCAGCCCGCCAUGGACAAGCCGCAGAUCUACACGGCCGUCUACUCGGGCGUGUCCGUCUACGAGAUGGAGGUCAACCGCGUCGCCGUCAUGCGCCGGCGCUCCGACGGCUGGCUCAACGCGACGCAGAUCCUCAAGGUCGCCGGCGUCGACAAGGGCAAGCGCACCAAGGUGCUCGAGAAGGAGAUCCUGCCGGGCGAGCACGAGAAGGUCCAGGGCGGCUACGGCAAGUACCAGGGCACCUGGAUCAACUACCGCCGCGGCCGCGAGUUCUGCCGCCAGUACGGCGUCGAGGACAUGCUGCGCCCGUUGCUGGACUACGACGUGAGCGCCGAGGGCGGUCAGGGCCAGGGGCUCGACACGCCCACCAAGGAGCAGGCCAUGGCGGCCAACCGCAAGCGCUUCUACACCCAGAGCAUCGACUCCCGGCCCCAGAGCCACGCUGUGGGCGGGACCUUCUUCAGCAACAUCUCGUCUACCGCCACCAGCGCGCUGGCCGCCAUGAACAAGGUCGCCCGCCUGCACUCGCCCGCCCCCCCGCGCCCGCCCAGCGCGUCGCAGUCCCGCCGCUCGAUGGCGCGCCCCGCGCAGGGUCCGGCGCCGGCGCAGAGCCAGGACUCGUUCCGCACCAGCAGCCAGCAGAGCGUGCACAGCAUGGCCUCUGAGCGCAGCUUCAGCGGCGCAAACGGCCACACCGACUCGGCCUACGCCACGGGCAUGGACGACACGCAGGAGCCGCCCCGGAAGCGCAUGCGUCCGUCGCAGGACGACUCGUUUGCGCAGCGAGCCAACGGCGACGACAUGAUGCGCGACCUCGGCUCGCCUACGGAGCCCAGCGAGUCUUUCCACCAGCCCCACCAGACCGGCCACACCAUCAGUCUGCCCGACGGCCACGCUCCCACAGCACUGCCGCCGCUGCCGUGCCCCGACAGCAAGAUCAACGAGGAGAAGCAGGCCAUGUUGACCGACCUGUUCGCCGACCAGACGCGCACAGACUUCACAAACCAUCCAGCGAUACUACACCUCUCCGGCGCAGACCUCGAUAUGCCCAUCGACAACAGCGCCAACACGGCUCUCCACUGGGCUGCCACACUCGCCCGAGUCUCGUUGAUGCGCUUGCUGGUAUCGAAAGGAGCCAACAUGUUCAGAGGCAGCGCAACGGGCCAGACGCCGCUGAUGAGCGCGGUAUCCGUGAACAACAGCCUCGACCACAGCUGCUUCCCGGAGACGUUGGAGAUCCUGGCACCCCUCAUCGAGCUCCGUGACGCCCAAGGGAGAACCAUUCUCCACCACAUUGCCGUGACGUGCGCUAUAAAAGGGCGCGCGGCAUCCAGCAAGUACUACCUCGAAGCGCUGUUGGAGUAUCUCGUCCGCAGCAACAUUGGCGGCAACCAGGUCCCCUCGUUCCUCGAGAACAGCAACUACCCCAAGCCAAUAGGAUUGAUGAGGUUCAUGCAGGAGAUGGUCAACGCCCGCGACAAGGCCGGCAACACAGCGCUCAACCUCGCUGCCAGGAUCGGCAACCGCAACAUCAUCUCGCAGCUUCUCGAGGUGCAGGCAGACCCCUCGAUACCCAACCACAAAGGCACCCGGCCACUGGACUUUGGCGUGGGCAGCGACAUGCACGGCAACGACGACAGCGCCCUAUCUGCAGCAAGUCCUUUGAAAGGGAAAGCGCCGUUGAGCAAGGUGGAGGAAACGAGUCGCGAGAUCCAGCCUUUAAUGAACGGCAUCCUCCAAUCCGCCUCGAUGCAGUUCACCCAAGAAGCGCGCCUAAAACAAGACGUAAUCGACCAAACAAACUCAACAAUCGGCACCCUCUCCUCGCUCCAAAAGUCCGAGCAAGGGCGCCUCGACACCCUCCGCACGCGCCUCCGCCAGCGCCAAGACCGCGCCAAGCGCAUCGCAAAUCUCAAGCGCUGGCUCGAGCCCCAGCGGCACAUGCUCGCCGCGACAACCGCCGCCACCGACCUGACCCACCAGCGGGAGAUUGGCUACGCCGACGCCGAGGGCGCGGGCCUGCUGGUGCAGGACUCGGAUCUCGCCGACGACGUGCGCAGCGAGGGCGCACACCUCAUCCGCCAGGCCUCGGGCGGCGCCGCGUAUCUCUCCACCCCCCUUUCCCUCCCCGCAUCCGCAUCCCUGAGCCCGCAUCUCGCCUCCAUCCCCGCGAAUGUGCUCCGCCAGCGCAUCGAGGUCUACUGCCAGGCCAAUGCCGCGCUGCUCCAGAGAUCCAGGCAGCUCAAGGAUAAAGACGGCCAGCUUGAGGCUAUGUUCAGACAGGUCGUCGCGCUGUGUACGAAUGUGCCUGAGGAAAGGGUCGAUGGGGUCCUGCCCAGUCUUGUCGAGGCGCUGGAUAGCGAUCCGUUUGACGGCGUCGAGGUUGGGCGGGUACGCGAGUUCCUGCGCAAGGUCGAGGGGGUGGAGGCGUGAGUCGCUCCUCGCGCGAGCCGGCUCAGCUGCGUUUUUGUCGAGGAGCCGGCGCACGCAGAGGCGGCUGUCUGAUUGAUUGAUACGAGAUACCUUGAUUGUGUACUGCGGAGAAUACCAUUUUCUUGUCGAGUCCAUCUCUCUAACAUAUCCAUUCCGCACCCACACUUUCUCGCCGCUUCUGCACGCAAGAUACGCUGCACCCCUCUUCCAUUC